ACUUCUGCUUCUCUCCAGGGUCACUUCCCAGCAGGACGCUGGUGGGUCCUGCUCCAUCUCCCCAUCUGUGCAAGGACAAGCUCAAGCAGAUGCAGAGCGUGUGGGCCAUGCUGAUCUGCCUGGCUGGAGGGCAGCUGGCAAGUGCCACAUUCUGCGAGACCUACGGCAACAUCCCGGGCAUCCCAGGGGCGCCGGGGCAGCCCGGCAGCAACGGCAGGGAUGGGGAGAACGGCCCCAAGGGUGAGCCAGGUCCCCCAGGCCAGGUGGUGCACGAAGAAGACGUGGGGGAGAAGGGAGCCCCAGGAGCGCCAGGGCACCCUGGGAAGGUUGGCCCCAGGGGUCCCCCUGGUUCAAAGGGCUUACCAGGUCUCAUGGGACCCCCUGGCCCUCAGGGGGACUCCGGUGACUACAAGGCCAGCCUCAAGUCUGCCUUCUCAGCUGCCAGGUCCAUCAGCUCCUACCCCCGCCGGGACCAGCCCGUUCGCUUCGACCGCAUCUUGUCCAACCGGCAGGGUCACUACGAGAACCGCUACGGCCGCUUCGUCUGCCGCCUCCCGGGCGUCUACUACUUCACCUACCACGUCACCUCCAGGAGCAACCUGUGCCUCAGCAUAAAAAAGGGCCGGGGUGGCAGCAGAGGAGAGAAGGUGGUGACCUUCUGCGACUACUCCCACAACAGCUACCAGGUCACCACAGGCGGCGUGGUCCUCAAGAUGGCAGCAAACGAGUCCGUCUGGCUGGAGCCAACAGAGAAGAACUCCCUGGUGGGGAUAGAAGGGUCUGACAGCAUCUUCUCUGGUUUCCUGGUCUUCCCUGAUGCUUAGCCCUGCUGCUGGUGUCUCUGCGGCCCUUCCCUGCUGCCUGGCCCACCUAGGGCUGAGGACUCCCCUGGAAAUAACUCAUCGCUCCAGAUUUGCUGCCCUAAGUCCAUUGUUGCUGGUCUUGCACAUUAAAUGACAAGUCCUUCUGCUACUGGUU